AUGGCGCAAGCUCAGAUUAAGCAGGACCUCAAUCGGUCGGGGUGGGAGACUACCGACUUUCCCUCCGUCUGCGAAAGUUGCCUUCCCGAUAACCCAUAUGUGCAGAUGCUGAAGGACGAUUACGGAGCAGAGUGCAAAGUCUGUAGCAGACCUUACACAGUCUUCAGAUGGAAGGCCGACAGAACGGCACGGACGAAGCGAACAAAUAUCUGCCUCACAUGCGCGCGCUUGAAGAACUGCUGCCAGUCGUGCAUGCUCGAUCUCUCGUUUGGCUUGCCCAUUACCGUCAGAGAUGCCGCUCUCAAGAUGGUGGCCCCAGGCCCUCAGUCGGAAAUCAACCGGGAAUACUACGCUCAAAACCACGAAAGAGAACUCGAGGAGGGUCGCGGCGCCUUGGAAGAGUAUGAUCAGACCGACGAGAAGGCUCGAGAUCUAUUGCGACGCCUUGCCAACAGCGAGCCUUACUACAAGAAACAGAGAAGGUUAGAGGCUGCGGAAGAUGAAGGUGCAUCCACAGCAUCAUCCUCUGAGCAGAAGAAGAUUGGCUAUGGUCCAGGACCCGGCCCAGUGCGAACCUCUGAUGUCAAGAAGGCCGCAGCCAAACCCGGCCGUGGUUCCGCAAGAGCUGUCGCGGGCGCCAGAGCACCACAACCAUCGGACUGGCUGCCACCGAAUGACCCGAAUAUUACCUCACUCUUCGUCACCGGUGUUGAAGAUGAUCUACCCGAGCACGCCAUUCGAACGUUCUUCACACCUUUUGGCCAGAUAAGAUCGAUUGUCUGUUCACACCGCUCACAUUGCGCUUUCAUCAACUACGCCACCCGAGAGGGAGCUGAGGCAGCAGCAGCAGAAUGUCAAGGCAAAGCUGUCAUCCAGGGCUGCCCGUUACGCGUUCGUUGGGGCAAGCCAAAGCCGCUCGAUAACACCGACCGCGAGCAGAGAAUGGAAUGGGCAAAGGAGGGUCGACAAACGGCGGCGGGUGCUAAGGCCGCACAGAGUGGACAGAGUGCCCGUGCUGGCGGGGAAGGACUAGAACCAGAUGAACAAGAAGGCGUCCAAAGCAGUACAUAUGUUGUCGCACCCCCACCAGGAUCGAAAGAAGUGCAAUAUGCCAGCUUGGCGGGUGAUUGA